AUGAAAGCUCCUUCAUUUAAACCAAUAUACGAUGUUAUAAGAAUUAAGAAGAAGGAAAGAAGUCCAGAUUUAGACACAGAAUUAUAUAAAGAAUUUAUAAAUGUAAGAAAAAAAGUACACACAGAAUUGGAGAACAAAAAUGUGAAGAUUAUUAUUUAUGAACAUAUAGAUUAUGAAGGAAAAGAAAACUUGAACAGUUCAGGUAACAGUAACAAUAGCAGUUACUCGGGCGAUGAGAGUAAAGCAAGUAAAAAAAAUGAAUCAAAAGGUGAAAAUAAAACAGAUAAAAGAGAGAUGAGGAAAAAUGAAGAUGAUAAAGGAAGAAAGGAGAAAAUUGAAGAGAAACAGAAGGAUAAAAAAGCAAAAGAUAUAAAUAAAGAGAAAGACAAGGAAAAGAUAAAUGAAGGGGACAAUGGACGAGGGAUGGGACAGUAUAAAUCAAAGGGUGGCAUAACAAAUAAGUUACAUUUAAAGGAAGACACAACAGAAUAUAACAGAAAUGAUGAUAUCCAUAAAAUUAUAGAAAAGAAAGAAGUGAAUAUUAUAAAUUACUCAGACGUAAAUAUAAAUGAGAACUUGGAAAAAAAAAAAAAUAAAUUAAAUUAUCAUAAUGACAUGAUUUCAGAAAAAAAAUCGAAAAAGAUAAUAGGAACGGUUAAAAUAUUGUAUAAUUUUUAUGUAAAUUUAUUUAAUAAAAUAAAAGAAGAUGUCGAAAAUAUUAAAAACAACACAACAAAUAAUAACGUUGAUUUAUUUAAAGAUAUGAACUUAUAUACGAAUUAUAUAUCUAUGUUUGAUAUCAUAAAUAUUUGUGAAGAUUUAAAAAUUAUAAAAACUUUUCUUAAUUCAAAAAAGGAGUGUGAACUGAUAUGGAUCCUUACAGUUAAUUAUUUCGACAAAAUUAAUGAAAACAUUUUUGAAAGGUAUAAAUAUAAAAUUGAUGUAACAUACAAAGACAAUAAAACGGAGCAGGGGGAUGUCGGCAAUUUAGACGAAGGGAAAAAUAAAAGAAUGGAGUUUCAAGAUGAAAAAGAGCAUGAACAAGGGGAGGAAAAAAGGCAAGGUGAUCAAAAUUUGGUGAAAAAGGAAAGUCAUUCAUACACACAACAAGCGGCAAGAAAACAGGAUGAAGAGGCAAAAAAGAAAAAAACAAAAAAAAAUGGCAAUGUAAAUGGAAACGAAAAGGAAAAGGGAGAAAAUAUUGAUGGGGAAAAUACACUGAAAAAGGAAUUUAAUCUUAAUGAAAAAUUAAGCAAGAAAAAGGCUACAAGAAACAGGAAAAGCAGCAAUAGCAGCAAUAGCAGCGACAACAAUUUGGACAAACCCACUAGGAAGAAACAUUACAUUUACACAUUAGAAGAAAACCAGAACAUAAAGGAGUACAUUUAUGAAAAAUGUUAUGAAAAGAAAAAUGCAAUUAUGUUUAGAAAAGUGAAUUUUUUUAUCUUUGUUUAUAUACUAAUUUAUAUAAUAAAAACGAGUACAAGAAAAAUAAAAGCUAUUAGUGACGACAUCAAAAAAGUCAGAAGUUUUUUUUUUUUCUUAAAUUUAUAUGAAAAAAAAAAAACGAUAGAAACUUUGAAAAAUAUAUACAAAGAUAAGUACUUAAACUUUUAUCAAAAUUUUAAAGGAAGUAGUGAUAUAGAAGAGCAUCGAAAAAGGAAAAUAUUUCGCCACAAAUUCUCUUUUUAUAAUAUUAAUAAAAUUUUAAAUAAUAAAGAUGACUUGGUCAGGCUAAAAAAUACAGGAAAUAAGAAAAAUGAUAAUUCAUGCUUUUCAUAUAAUAGUGAAGUAAAAAAUAUAUAUGAUGAGAAAAAUAUAAAUCAAAAUGAAACAUUAACGUUUGAAGAUACAUCAAUUGAACAAGUUCCUACGAAAGAGCAUAGUGAAGAAGUGCACAACAAAAGAGACGACUUGUGUAACUAUCAAGUUACUAAUUUUAUCGAAAUGUCGGAUCUAGCUAACGAAUUUAAUAUUGUGAACAAAUCAGGGGAUGAAAAUAAAAAGGAAAAAGUUCUUUUAAAUCAAUAUAUAUUUGAUUAUAUUUUUAAAAAUUAUUGUUAUAAAAAGAAAUAUUGGGGAUUAAGAGAAGGUACUUACAUAGAUUUUAUUAUAAUAAAAAAUGAAAAUAAAAAAUAUAAAAUAGACAUAUAUAAUCAUAGUAAAUACAACAUACAUGUUGAUGUUAAUAUUGACAAUGAUUUACCUGUACAAGCAAUAUUUAAGGAUAAAUUAUUUUGCAUUAGCUCAAAGUAUACCAUUUAUUUACAAAUAGAUAAAACAGAAAUUGGAGAAAAAUUAGGAUUUAUAAAUGUCACGAUGAAGUAUAAAAAUAUAAGUAAAGAAGAUGAUGUUAUAAGGAUUCCUAUAUAUAUUUUUAUUAAUCAGUGA